UUAUAGCUUUGUAUGAUUCUCCCGCAUUAUUCCAAUUUACACGGUUUAUAAAAUUUACAAGAGCAAGGUAUAUUGUUAUAGGUACUGUUACCACUAUGGAAGUGAAUGAUUCUGGUGUGUCUGUGCAAACAGCCAAACCAGAUGAGGCUGAUUCCUCGAUAGUAGCAAGUUCAAGUCCUGUUGUAUUUCAAUGUACACAAUGUAACACUAUUGUUGGAGAUUCAACUGCAUGGGUGACUUCAAACGAACUUAUGAGAACUAUAACUCUAGGCAGAGUUACUAGUAAAGUUGGUGUAAACUCUAAUAUUCAGAUUUCUGAAAGUGGAAUUGACAAAGGAAGUACAUUUUCAACAGUAUUCUGCAUGUCUUGUAAGGAAGUUUUGGGCAAACAGUACAUGGCAUCUCCACCAGAUCUUGAUUACAUAAGAGGCAGAUUUACCUUCCAUGUGGAGAAGUUAAACAGCUACCUGGUUGGAAGUGUGGAGAAAUUGGAAAAAUUUGACCUAGCAGACAUGUUAAAUAUACCAUCACCUGAUUACAUUAUGGCUAGGAUGAGCAAGAUGCAGUUUCUGAUUGUGUCAAUGAAUGAUAGAAUCAAGAACCUUGAGGCUUGUCUGAAUACUGGAGAGUCUGAUCACAAACUGCCUGAUAAUUUCACCAGACAGUCAACACUCCAAGGUGAGACAGAGAGUGUCUCCUCCACUGACCAUUUCUCUACACGACCACGCUCAGAUUCCUUCCAUUCUGCUGGUACAGAUGACACUGUUACACAUCAAGGAGAGGAAGGUGUUUUAAAUAGAGAAGAAUCUUUCUUGCCAUGGCAUAAUAAUGAAAGCAUUAAAUAUGACCAUGCCAUUGACCAACAAACAAGAGAGAAAGUCAGAAAAAGUAAUAAAGUGUCAGAGCAAAGAGCCAGUAAUAGAAAUUUAAUGCUACGUGAAGGUGUUUUUCAGCAGUUAAGCUCCAGAUUGGGACAGCAUGAAAACUUUACAGGACCGGAUGAUAAUCCUGUACAUGGAAACAAUAAAAACAUUGAAGAAUCAGAUAACAUGUAUAUUAAUGAUAACAGUAGAAGAAUCAGCAGUAAUGGAAGGAAGGAACAAAUGGAAAAAGAAAGAAGAAAUUCAGGGAAUGAUAGACAAAGUAGUCGAUAUAGAGCACAAGGUCAACACAAGGAUUUACAAAGAUCUAAUUGGAACAAUGUUAACCAGUCUGAGAGAAGUGGUAGUCAUAAUGAGUCGACCACACCCAGUGAAAAUAGGUCUGUGCCUAGAAAACAAGUUGUCAUGGAAACAUGGCCAUCUCCAGGGGUUGAGAGAACGGGUAGAGAAAAUAAAAAAAGGAAAUUGUAAAACAUUUAUGACAGCCAGAAAUCAUUUUAUGAAGCAUUUUUCAAUGUUAGUUAAUAUGUCUGAUGGAUAGCAAGGCUUAAAGUAGGGAAUCAUCAAUUAACAUUACAUUGAACAUUAUUUUGUUGAAUUGAAAGAUAAAGUUUUAAGUUUUUUAUGCUUCCUGAAAAAGUUGUUAAAAAACAGAUACCCGUCCAUCUGUAAUUCUGUGGUGCUUUUUAGCUCACCUGAGGACAA